GGCACCUCUCUCUCUACCCGAGAAGGAGGAGCCCUGCAUUAGCUCGCUCAAAGCCUUCUUUCAAUCAUCGUACAAGAUUAAAUACAAAGAAUGGAACAAACCAAUAACAUGACUCGCACCCUUUUCCUCGUGGCCUUGCUUUCCACCAUUGUGGUUGCAACACAUGGGCAUGGUCGUCACAUGACUGCUCAUAAUGUCACUUAUGAUGGUAAGUCAUUGUUCAUCAAUGGAAGGCGCGAGCUGCUUUUUUCUGGUUCCAUCCACUACCCACGAAGCACACCAGAUAUGUGGCCUAUCCUUCUUGAUAAUGCAAGACGUGGAGGCAUAAAUGUCAUCCAAACCUACGUGUUUUGGAAUGCUCAUGAGCCCCAACAAGGACAGUUCAACUUUGAAGGUAAUUACGACUUAGUGAAGUUUAUUAAGCUUGUUCAAGAACAUGGAAUGUUUGUCACUCUCAGGGUUGGACCCUUCAUCCAAGCCGAGUGGAACCAUGGAGGACUUCCAUAUUGGCUUAAGGAGGUUCCUGACAUCAUAUUCCGCUGUGAUAAUGAGCCUUAUAAGCAACACAUGCAAGCAUUCGUGACAAAGAUUGUACAAAUGAUGAAAGAUGAGAAGCUCUUUGCACCCCAAGGAGGUCCCAUUGUCUUAGCACAGAUUGAGAAUGAGUACAACCACGUUCAACGUGCAUACGAAGAGAAGGGUGACAGCUAUGUCCAAUGGGCUGCAAACAUGGCAGUAGCAUUGAACGUUGGAGUUCCAUGGAUCAUGUGUAAGCAAACAGAUGCACCAGAUCCAGUGAUCAAUGCAUGCAAUGGAAGACAUUGUGGUGAUACCUUCUCGGGGCCAAACAAACCAUACAAACCAGUCAUAUGGACAGAGAACUGGACCGCUCAGUACAGAGUACAUGGAGAUCCACCAUCCCAAAGAUCUGCAGAAGAUAUUGCAUUUUCAGUUGCUCGCUUUUUCGCCAAGGGUGGAAACUUGGUUAACUACUACAUGUAUCAUGGAGGAACAAACUUUGGCAGAACCAGUUCUGAAUUUAGCACAACUCGUUAUUAUGACGAGGCACCUCUUGAUGAAUACGGUCUAGAAAGAGAACCAAAAUGGAGUCAUUUGAGGGAUGUCCAUAAAGCCGUGCUCCUUUGUAGGAAAGCUAUCCUUGGCGGCGAUCCCAAUGUUGAAAAGUUGAACGAAUUCCAUGAGAUUAGAACCUUUGAGAAGCUUGGAACAAACUUGUGUGUUGCUUUCAUCACUAAUAACCACACAACAGAUGCGACCACUAUUAACUUCAGAGGCACUAACUACUUUUUGCCUCCAUAUUCCAUUAGCAUCCUUCCUGACUGCAAGACCGUGGUCUACAACACGCAAAGUAUUGUUUCACAACAUAACUCAAGGAACUAUGAAAGGUCAACCACGGCAAACAAUUUCCAAUGGGAGAUGUUCAAUGAGGCCAUCCCAACAACCAAAAAAAUGGAUAUGUACCAAAACAAACCGCGGGAGCUUUUCACUUUGCUCAAGGACACCAGUGAUUAUGCUUGGUACACCACCAGCUUUGAGUUGGCUCCAGGAGACUUGCCAACAAAGCCUGGAGUUCUCCCUAUUAUUCAUAUUGAGAGUAACGGACACACAAUGGUUGCAUUUGUAAAUGGAGACCUCAUUGGAACUGCUCACGGAACUCAUGACAAAAAAACUUUUGAUUUCAACCGACCAGUACAACUUAGGGUUGGAACUAACUAUAUUUCUAUCCUAGCUGGCACAGUUGGAUUACCUGAUAGUGGAGCUUACAUGGAACAUAGAUACGCAGGACCCAAGCUCGUAUCCAUCAUAGCUCUCAACACAGGAACACUAGAUAUCACUACCAAUUUGUGGGGUCAUCGGGUUGGUCUCAAGGGUGAAGGCAUGAAAGUUUUUAGUGAUGAAGGAUCAAUAAGGGCAAAAUGGAAGCCACUCAGUCCAGUCCCACGUCCUCUCACCUGGUACAGGACAAGAUUUGUCACUCCUGAGGGAACAGGUCCAGUUGCCAUUAGGAUGACUGGAAUGGGCAAAGGAAUGAUGUGGAUCAACGGUAAAAGCAUUGGUCGUCACUGGAUGAGUUUCCUCUCCCCAAUUGGAAAGCCCACUCAAUCAGAGUUCCAUAUCCCAAGAUCGUUCCUCAACCCACAAGAUAACUUGCUUGUUAUAUUUGAAGAGGAACCAUUGGCUCCAAGACAGAUUGAGAUCUUGAACGUGAACAGAGACACAAUUUGCAGUUUCAUUGCAGAGAAUGACCCUCCCAAUGUGAACUCAUGGGUGUCCAGGAGAGGAAAUUUCCACCCUAUUGUGCCAUACCUUGGACCAAAAGCCUUAUUGGAAUGUGCUCCUGGGAAAAAGAUUACGACAGUUGAGUUUGCAAGCUUUGGCAAUCCAAGUGGUUCAUGUGGACAAUAUAUUUUAGGAACUUGCAAUGCUAUUGCUACAAAACAAAUUGUGGAACAAGAAUGUUUGGGCAAAGAAACUUGCUCGAUUACAUUAAAUCGUGCAAUUUUUAACCAAAAUGGUGCGGAUCCAUGUCCAGAAAUAUUGGUGAAAACUCUUGCAAUCCAAGUAAGGUGUUAUUAGAUCAACCAACCAAUGAAUUAAUUAAUGCACGUGGCUGGAAUUUUUUCAUUUUGGCUUAAAAGGAGUCCAGAAGCACAACUUAUAUGAUUGGAUUUUGGUGACAUGAAACAUAAAUUCAAUUAUUUCAUUAUUUGUUUCUUCUCACUACUUACAAUAAAAAUUCC